UAACAAAUAUCAAAUAUCCAACCGGUGAGGUGUCAACUCAGGUCUGCUCACCAGUUGUUAGGCAGACCCGGACUGUACUGCAUGCGACCAGAGGCUGAUGCCCUUCCAGACACUCUUGGUUGUGCAGUAGCAGGGAAAGUGCCAGGCAAGUAUACCUGUCUCACCUGGAUGCCGAGAUUUGAGACCCAAAAAUUUGCCAUGGCUCCUUAUCACAUCCGCCAGUACCAGGACAGCGACCAGAAAAGGGUCUGGGAUUUGUUUAUAAGAGGAAUGGAAGAGCAUAUUCCUGCCACCUUCCGCCACCUGCUGAUCCUGCCCCGAACCCUUUUUCUCUUACUUGGGUUGCCGCUUGCCAUGGUCCUGGUGUCUGGCUCCUGGCUGCUAGCUGCUAUGAGCAUCUUCUUUGUGCUUCUUCUCAUGAAGCUCCUUGCAAGACAGCCAUGGAAGGAGUAUGUGGCCAAGUGUUUGCACACAGACAUGGCUGACAUCACCAAGUCCUACAUGAGUGCACGUGGCUCCUGCUUCUGGGUGGCUGAGUCUGGGGGAGAGCUGGUGGGCACUGUGGGUGGUCUACCAGUCAAGGAUCCCCCAUUAGGGAGGAAGCAGUUGGAGCUCUUUCACCUGUCUGUGUCCUCACAGCAUCGAGGACAGGGGAUAGCGAAAGCACUGACCAGAACUCUCCUCCAGUUUGCACGGGAUCAGGGCUACAGUGAUGUUGUCCUUGACACCAGCAUCUUGCAGAAAAGUGCUCAUGCCCUUUACAUGAGCAUGGGCUUCCAGAAGACAGGACAGUACUUCAUGGGUGCAUUCUGGAGGUUAGUGGAUAUUCCAGCAAUUCAAUUUAAGCAUUCCUUCCCUUCUGCUUAGCCAGUGGGACUGAGACCUUUGUUCCUGUGCAGCAAGCACAUUCCAUUCUCUCUUCAUGAACCAGUGAGCCCUGUCAUGUCAGUGUAAUGAACAAUAAAACUCCUUGCUGGUGCACACCAGA